CCCCGCGCUUCCGGCUCCGCCUACCCCGCAACACCGCGUCCGCCCAUUGGUCGCACCUCCAGCACCGCCGCAUUCUAUUGGCCGAGCGCAGAGGGGGCGGAGCGAAGGAGCGAGUUGACCAAUGAGAAGGGAGCGCGGGAAGGACGGAAGCGGAGGCGCCGGAAGUGCGGGCGGCGCGCCGGAAGUGCGGGAGCGCGCGGGGGAAUGGCGGCGACCGAGGCGGAGAUGGCGGCGCGGGAGGAGCCGCCGGGAGCGGCCCCGGGAGCGGCCCCGGGAGCGGGACCCGGCCCGGAGCAGCAGCCGGGAGCGGUGGCGGAGCCCGGAGCGGUGGAGGAACCCGGAGCGGUGGAGGAAACCGGAGCCGGGCCGGCGGGGGAAGCGGGGCCCGCAGCGGUGGCGGAGGCCGGAGCGGGGCCGGGCCCGGAGCGGCCGGAGCUGUGCUUCGAGGAGGAGGAGGUGCAGCACGAGGAGGAGCUGCUCCGGAACCCGUUCUCGGUGCGCGGCUGGCUGCGCUACGCCCAGGCCCGGCAGCGCGGGCCCCGGCCCCGCCUCAACCAGAUCUACGAGAGAGCCCUCAGGGAGCUGCCCGGCAGUUACAAGCUGUGGUACACAGGUGACAGGGUAGGACAGGUGACACAGGUGACAGUCCUGGGUGGCCCAGGUGAUGGGAGUGACACAGGUGACAGCAGUACCAGGUGGCACAGGUGA